AUGUUUGAUCCGCAGCCUAGUCGUCACCUCAUGCAUCAAUUGGUUGACGAAGUGGCCCCCAUUGUCGGUGAUGAUCUCUUCCGGAACUCCGUGUCUCGCGAUGACCCUGAUGAUUGCCUUAACCGUGUCUUCACCGGUCGGUGCACUGCGGAAAAGCUCAACCUCUGGCCAUUUCGUGAAGUCAUCCUGAAUGGUGAGCGCCCACUGAUUGCCAUCUUCUGAAGGUUGAAACGGACCGAUGAAGUCCAUUGCGACCCUCUGGAAUGGUCUCUCAGCUGGCGGUAUCUGUAUGCUCGCUCUCUUGUUUGUCCUCAGGUUUCGUUUGCUCUCGCAAGCCGGACAAGCGUCGAUAUGCUUGCGGAGGUCGCCAUACAUCCCUGGCCAGUAGGUCUCGCGCCAUGCGCUUGUAAGCCCUCUCAAUUGCCAGAUGGCCAGCCAAAAGGUGUUGAUGGUGCAGCUUCAUGGCCUCUAAUCGCAGUGACGUGGGGACCAGCAAUACUGGUCCAUGCUCUUGGUGCUUCGACACGACUCUCACCAGCCCAUCAAGUAGGCAAGCAUCGUCAAGCUUCGACCAAUAUGAUUUCGGAAUGGCGUCACGCAGCUGAUCGAGCUCUCCUUUGCUUGUGUUGUUGUCUUUGGCCUCCAGGUACGCCUUCACGCGUGAGACGUCAGCACACUGGUCCUGGGCCUCCAUGGUCUGGUCAAGAUGGAACAGGGGGCAAUCGUCUAUGGCCUCAAGGUCAAUUGCCCCGAGUUGAUACUCAUGCACAUCGACCGAAGCAGGGAUGUCUCCCAUGUUUUCUUGUCCAGGAGGUCUCGAGAGUGCGUCAACGUCUGUGUGCUCCUUCCCAGGUCGAUGA